CUUUUCAUAUUAUUUGCAUAGCAGAAAAAAAAAAUGCUUUCUCAUAGACUAUUAUCUACUUUUAGACGCCAUCAUUUUAUUCAAGUAACAAAUAGAUUCAAGUCAGAAUUAAGUGCUAGUAAACUCAAGAUAAAAAAAGUGGAUACUCUUAAACCUUUAGUUGCUCAUAAUGAACUUGUUUUCGGAAAGACAUUUACGGAUCAUAUGAUAACUGCCAAUUGGGAUGAAAAAGAGGGUUGGGCUGCACCUGAGAUUCGUCCCUUAGAAAAUUUAAGUUUAGCUCCUAGCGCUGUUGUUUUUCAUUAUGCUUCUGAGUGCUUUGAAGGAAUGAAAGCAUAUAAGGAUAAAAAUGGUAAAAUUCGUCUUUUUAGACCUGAUAUGAAUAUGGCGCGUAUGAAUCGAUCUACUGCUCGUAUUGCACUUCCUCAAUUUGAUGGGGAUGAAUUGAUCAAAAUUAUUUCAGAAUAUUUAAAGUUGGACGAAAGAUGGAUUCCUAAUGAAAAAGGAUAUUCACUUUACCUACGUCCUACUAUGAUUGGAACUCAAGAAAUGCUAGGUGUAAACCCUCCGAGCAAAGCCAUGUUGUUCGUUAUUGGUUGUCCUGUAGGUCCUUAUUAUAAAACGGGCUUUAAUGCUGUUCGUCUCUUUGCUACGACUGAAUAUGUUCGUGCAUGGCCUCGUGGCACAGGUGAAGCUAAGAUUGGCGGAAACUAUGCUCCUGGUUUAUUACCUCAACGUCUAGCUUCUGAAAAGGGAUACCAACAAAACUUAUGGUUAUUCGGUGAACAACAUCAAUUAACAGAAGUUGGCACAAUGAAUUUAUUCAUCUUGAUGAAGAAUGACAAGGGUGAUCUUGAACUUGUAACACCUCCCUUAGAUGGUUCAAUCUUGCCUGGUGUCACGCGUGAUUCAAUUAUUGGUUUAGCUAAAGAAUGGAAUGAGUUUGAAGUAAAAGAGCGUACGAUGACAAUGCCAGAGUUACGUGAUUUAGCUAAAGCUGGACGCGUUGUUGAAAUGUUUGGUGCGGGUACCGCAUGUGUCGUUAGCCCUAUCAAGGAAAUCGGAUAUAUGGGUGAAGAUAUCAAGAUUCCUCUUGAUCCUAACAAUCCUUCAUCUCAAGCGGGUCCUUUUACUAAACGAUUUAAUGAUGCUAUUAGUGCCAUUCAAUAUGGUGAAGUUGACCAUCCUUGGUCAGUUGUCAUUAAUUAAAAAAAAAAUCAUCAUUUAUUUUAAAACAAAAAAAAAAAAUCUAUCAUCAACAUAUAAUAAAACGUCUCCUUUUUUGACAUAGAUUUAAUCUCCUUUUUAUACAACUUGACAGAUAAUAUAUAAAUAUACUAUAUUUAUUUACAAUAAAAGAGACUUCGUAUUAUUCAUUC